CAUGGAGGAGCGGUGUUUUUAGCGCCCCGUCAGUGAAAGUUGCUGUAUUUUCUUCUCGUCGGGCGAGAAUUCCGUCCGAAACGUUGCCUUUGUAGCUCCGAGGGGGUAGCGAACAACUUUAGUCACUCGCGAGUGUCUCUCUGUCAUGACGAAAUGGAACGUGGAAACUGAGUUUUAUGAACGUCGACCGUAGCGUAAUCACGCUGGUAAAAAACAGAGGGUUAAUCAUCAUCAUCAUCAUCAUGUUGACGUAAGAAGUGAAGUUAAACACUAGCUAACCCUCGUAGGAGAGCAACAAAUAGCCGUGAGAGCUCGUCCGUGGAUAUAAUAUAUUUAUUAUAACUGAGGACUGGUCAGUGAGUCUGGGGGGCCGCUAAUAGGGCUGAGGCAGCGCCCAGAGAUGGACAGAGAGGAGUCCAACAGACUCAUAGAAAAGGCGAAGCAGUGCCUGCGCUCCGGCCGCGCGCGCGACGCGCUCCGGCUCCUGCGCGAGGCACAGAACGUGUACCCCAGUUCGCGAGCCCGAGUUUUAAUCGACGCAAUCCUGAGGGAUGGGACUGAGCCUGAAGAAGAAAGCCCGCCUUGCGACCCACGUGGCUGGCGCUCAAGGGAGGAGGAGGGUACGAGGUCUGAUGAGGACAAGAAGGGGUAUACGGAGGAGCAGCGACAAGGGGUUCUCAGGAUAAAGAGAUGCAAGGACUUUUAUGAGACUCUUGGUGUGGCCAAGGAUGCCAGUGAUGAGGACCUGAAGAAGGCCUAUAGGAAACUGGCGCUCAAGUUCCACCCCGAUAAAAACUUUGCUCCAGGAGCCACAGAUGCAUUUAAAGCCAUAGGCAAUGCGUACGCUGUGCUCAGUAACCCCGAGAAGCGACGGCAGUACGACCAGUGUGGUGAUGUGGCACCGGCCGACAGCGCAUCCCAAACCGCCACGGGACAUCCUCGCCGCAGCUACCACAGGAACUUCACCAUGGACUUUGAGGCUGACAUUUCCCCAGAGGAGCUCUUCAACACCUUCUUUGGGGGAAAGUUCCCCACAGGCAACAUCCACGUGUACACCAACAGAGGGGCUGCAUACUCCCACUUCUACCAGCCACGGCGGCGCCGCCAAAACGAGAGACGUGGGGUUGAAGUAGAGGAAGACCGCAGCCAGAACACAUUCACGGCUUUUCUCCAACUUCUGCCUGUCCUUGUGCUUAUCCUCAUCUCAGUGUUUACUCAGCUCAUGGCCACAAAACCCCCCUACAGCCUCUUUUACAAGCCGUCCAUGGGCCUGGUGGUGUCCAGGGAGACGCAGCACAUGGGCGUCACCUACUACGUGGACAAAGGCUUUCAGAAAGAGUACAAGGGAGCGUCUCUGAUUGAGCUUGAGAAGUCUGUUGAGAAUGACUAUAUUGACCACCUACAGAGCAGUUGUUGGAAGGAAAAACAGCAGAAGUCAGACUUAACAAACUUGGCCCAGCUGUACCGUGACGAGCGAAUGAUGCAGAAGGCCGAGACCAUGAAGCUGGACAACUGUGACAAGUUGUCUCGUGUGGUGGGAAGACAGAGGGGUGAAUGACAGCAGGAGGCUGGACAUGACGGAGGCGGUGCUGAUUCUCGUUAUCCUUAUUUAUUUUAAUUUCUGUCAGGUGAGUUAAGUCUCUUAUGUUCAAAUGAACAGUUUCAUACAGGGAGAAAUAGGUGGCAUAUAAAGGGAACCACCUGCUUUCAGGACUAUGAUUUGCUAGUUUAAUCUCUAGAGCAUGAGUGGAGAAAAACAAUGCACCUUCAAACAGGGUUUGUUAUGUGUCAGAACCUUAAUUCCUUACAUUAAGGAACAGUAUCACAAACAGGGGAAGUUAACAUUUUCAUUCACCUAUUAGUUAGUAUAAUAAGAGAAAUCCUUUAGUGAAGUAAAUUGAAUAGGCGACAUUAGGACUUGAUGUCCAAUCAUAUAGUCUUAUUUUGAGGAAAUUGCCUUUCCAGCACACAUGAAGAGAAACUGGAAACUUCCAUAUAAUUUUGACACGCUGGACUGAAUGUGAAGUGUUACUGAAGAUUAAAUUAUUUUUGUCAAGAAGUUGGAUGCAGUCAGUACUGCAGCAGCUGUGGUGCUUGGAAAACAUGGUUCAUGGAGUCCUCAAAUUGGACAUUAGCUCCUGAGCACUAUGAACAAGACUUUUCUACACCAAAGCUCAGUGUUGUGUGUUUUUCCUUUAAAGUAGAUGAGAUUAUGCAAGUUAUGGAUCUGAAAGUGCAUAUUUUUUUUUUUUGCUGUGUACCAAAAACAAUUUCAUGCUGUUGUAUUUGAGUUCAGUUUACCUGCUUUGUUAAAUGCCAUGUUUUACAUGGGUAGUAAUAUAGAUAUGUUCCCACACUCAGAUGCAUGUUACCCUGACCUCUGCAACACUUGAAUAUCAUGCUGUUCCUGUGUUAGUGUUGGAUGUCAAUACAGUAAAUGUACAGUAUGUAAUAAAAUCAAAUUCAUGUUAACCGAGCAUUGACACAACACAAAUUUGGACUGUUAAUUCACUUGAAGUUUCUGGUGCUUUUCUCUCCACCACCUGAGAUGUGGAUGGCUGUGAAAGACUUGAACCCAGCUCAGGUCAGCUUGAACAGGGGCUUCACAGAAGAUUGAUUCUCUCCGUAGUUGCAUUU